CCUCCGCUCUUGACUCAAGUCUUCUUCUUUUUGCCGCAGCGAACUUUCUUUCUCUUCCGGCUGUCGUCUGUUCGUGUGGCAGAUUUACCAGCGUCGAAAUGGCAAAGUCUAAGAACCACACAACUCACAAUCAGUCUCGCAAAUGGCACAGAAAUGGCAUCAAGAAGCCCAGAUCUAAUCGCUAUGAGUCCUUGAAGGGGGUGGAUCCCAAAUUCCUGAGGAAUAUGCGUUUUGCCAAGAAGCAUAACAAGAAGGGCUUGAAGGCAGCAAGGAAAGCAGCAGCAGCUCAGAAAUAAGCUGUCUGCUUAACUUCCAUGUCUGUCAUUGUUCUACAUACACCAACAUAAUAAAGUAAUGCUUUAUUAACAAAACAA